AUGUAUCUAGUUGCCCCUAAACAAUUCUCAUAUUGGAAGCAAAUUUUUACCAACAAGCGGGAACUGAGUCCCCGGCUUCCAAUGGGAUUCCGGCCGCCCCAUCUCGCCGCUCUCCGGCGAGCCUACUUCACCGGCUGGUCUCCUUCGCUCCGCGAGAACCGGCUCCUCUUUCCUCCUGACCGCCUCUCGAUCGUCAUCCCACUCAUGGAACACCGGUAUUACACUCUCAUAAGCCGGAGGUGGCACGGCGGCCACUCCGACGAUGGCCGCGAUCAUAGCCAUGUUGGUAUGGAUAGGGAGAAGGCGGAGGGAAUAUUCCGGCUGGGACUCGCCGCUGAUGUUUUCCUCUCCGUCGGGAAAGCCCUCACCGGCUACAUCUGUGGAAGCACCGCUAUUAUCGCGGAUGCCGCGCAUUCGGCCUCCGAUGUCGUUCUCAGCAGCAUUGCAUUGUUGUCUUAUAGGGCUGCCAAGGCUCCAAAGGACAACAAACACCCAUAUGGGCAUGGAAAAUUUGAAUCUUUAGGAGCUCUUGGAAUUUCUUGUAUGCUUUUGGGAACUGCUGGUGGUAUUGCCUGGCAUGCUUUUGAUGUUCUGCAGGGGGUUUUGAUGUCGGCACCAGAUAUGAUAAGUCAUACCUUGGAUCAUCAUAAUCAUAAUCAUGGUCAUGGCGGCCAUCAUCAUGGAUUUGAUUUGGAUCACCCUACCCUGGCUUUGAGCAUGACUCUUUUAUCAAUUUCAGUGAAAGAAGGGCUUUAUUGGAUAACCAAGAGGGCUGGGGAAAAGCAAGGAAGUGGUUUGAUGAAGGCAAAUGCAUGGCACCAUCGGGCUGAUGCUGUGUCAUCUGUUGUUGCACUAAUUGGGGUUGGAGGAUCUUUGAUAGGGGUGCCAUUUGUAGAUCCACUUGCUGGAAUUGUUGUUGCGGGGAUGAUUUUCAAAGCUGGAAUUGAGUCUGGUUAUCAGAGUGUCAUGGAAUUAGUUGAUGCUGGCGCCCCACAGUCAGUUUUAGCACCAAUUAGACAGACAAUCAAUCAAGUUGAAGAUGUGAAGGGUUGCCAUCGCCUAAGAGGAAGGAAGGCUGGUUCUUUUUUAUAUCUUGAUGUGCAUAUCGAGGUUGAUCCUUUCUUGAGUGUCAGUGCUGCGCAUGAUAUUGGUGAGACUGUGCGUCAAAUUAUACAGAAAACUCACCAUCAAGUUGCAGAGGUUUUUGUGCACAUAGAUCCUUCCUAUUCACAUAACUCUAUGUCGGACCGAAGACCGAGUUCGAAGAAUUUAGAAAAUCAAGAUACAAACAUCUCCAAACAGCAAGAAGCAGAAGCUGUUGUUUCUCAUGUAAUUUCAUCACUGUUUCAGGAGAAAAUGACUGUUGAGCAUAUCAUUCUCCACAAAUUUGGAGAGAAUAUACUGCUUCAGGUUCAAGUCUCUAUACCUCCAGAAAAAUUGAUCCAAGAAGCAAUCAACAUGGCAAGAGAAGCAGAGAAGGAGAUUUUGAAGGCUGCUUCUAAUAUUAAUGAAGUGAGCAUUCUAUUGAGGUUGGGUCAUCCAAUACAGGGGACCAUUUAGUUGGUAACUACUACAGACAAUAUGCUGAGAACUAAUUGGAUAUUCUUUUAAAUAAUCUUUUUCAUUGUGAAGUGUAAUAAUUGCAAGAAAAUUAUUAUCUGAUUUAUAGUAUUUUUUCAAAAUAUUUUUUUCUUGAAAUAAUUUUAAGGAGAAAUGCAU